AUGACAGUGGCGCUGCGACAAGCUUUCCAAGCUGCAUUUAGAAUUAAAGUGCCACUUUCUCUAACGUGGAGCCACCCUACACUAAAACGCCUCGUCCCUUGGUUUUUAUCCCGACUGAGCAAACAAUAA